AUGAGUCCUGGAAAAUUACAUGUCAUUGCCGUCGAAGGCAGAGAUUUAGCCGAUAAAGAUCUCAUUGGGAAAAGCGACCCAUACGUUGAACUUUGGCUCGACAAGAACUACAAACAAAAAACGGGUGUCAUAAAAAACAACUUGUCGCCUGUAUGGAACGAAGAUUUUCAGUUUAAUGUUGAUAAGGAUAAAGAGCACACACUAUAUAUUCGUGUUAAAGAUGAUGGUAUUCUCCUCGAUAAAGAGAUUGGCGAAGGAAAAGUUGAUCUUAAGGAAGUAUAUUCGCAUGGUUAUCUGGACACCUGGGUUAAAUUACCUAAAUUAUUAGGUUUGAGAAGUAACGGUGAAAUUCACUUGAUUAUUGAAUACGCACGGGCCUAA